UCUUCCAUUUUGGCACAUUGCCCCUCACCAGACAUAAAGUGCACUACUUAAUAUUUUGUCUCAAGAAAUUCAAAAAACCGAACAACCGCUGAGGAAUCAAAUCAAACACAGAAAAAUCCUACACAAGAAAGCAUUAUCUUCUUGCAUUGUAUCAGGUACACAACCAGUGCUCCCAAUUUCUCACUAAAACCCUAAAACCCCAAUUCUCUUAAUCAAUCAAAUGUCUCACUCUCAAACUUUACCACUCAAGAGACAACAAGGUGAACAACCCCCUUCAGAUGAUGGCUCCUCUGCUAUUAAGCCUUCUCGUCUCAAAAUUUCAUUACCCUCUGAAGAUAGCGACAAAAAGAAUGCGAACAAGAGACUUAAAGAUGUUGAAAUUUGUGUCCCUAUAGUUUAUGGGACUAUUGCAUUUUAUCUGGGUAGGAAGGCCAGUGAGUCCCAAUCUCAUAAGUGGACAGUUUAUGUACGUGGAGCUUCUAAUGAAGAUCUUAGUGUGGUUGUUAAGAAGGUUGUUUUUCAGUUGCAUCCUAGUUUCAAUAACCCUACAAGAGUUGUUGAAUCGCCCCCUUUUGAGAUAUCAGAAUGUGGUUGGGGUGAAUUUGAAAUAGCCAUCACCCUCUUUUUCCAUAGUGAUGCCUGUGAAAAACAGUUGGAUUUGUAUCACCAUUUGAAAUUGUAUCCUGAAGAUGAAUCUGGUCCUCAGACUACAAAGAAACCUGUUGUUGUUGAAUCUUACAACGAGGUUGUUUUUCCUGAACCUUCUGAGGGUUUUGUUGCACGCGUGCAGAAUCAUCCUGCUGUUGUUGUUCCUAGGCUUCCUGUUGGUUUGAAUUUACCAAGCCCCGUACCUUUUGAUCCUAUGAAUGACAAGGAGAGAGGCGGCACCAAAGAUCAUCCACUAAGCCAGUGGUUCCUGAACUUCUCAGAGGCGGAUGAGCUCUUAAAACUAGCAGCAUCCCGCCAACAGGUGCAAGCUCACAUUGUUAAGCUGCGAAGGCAAUUAAAUUUGUUGGAAGGAUUACCUCAGUCAAAACAGCCAUCUGGUUAUGAAUGUACAUGAUUUUAAUCUUGAUAAAUAUUUUUCUGGGGCUUUCACUUUAGGGUUAAACUUGGAAGGUUAGUUAUGAAUUAUUAUGUAUAUAUAUGCGUAUCACGUUCCUUGUAGAUUGUUUUGAACAUAUUUCUAUCUGUAGAAGCCAACAGUUUGGAAUUUUAGAAGAAUAGAUAUGGUAAUUGGCAUUUAUGCUGAAACAUUUAUAUGUUGAUAGAUAUUUGUAUUA